GUGCUUAACUCCGCUCUCUCUCGUCUCCUCUUGUCUCGGAAGGAAGGUAAGGAGUAAAAAAGAGAGCAAUCAGCAUUCAGCAAUGGCUCCCAUCUCAGUUGGUGACGUGAUUCCGGACGGCACUCUUAGUUACUUCGACGAGAACGACGACCAACAAAAGGUCUCCAUUCACUCCCUCGCUGUCGGCAAAAAGGUCAUCUUGUUCGGCGUUCCCGGUGCUUUCACCCCAACCUGCAGCUUGAAGCAUGUUCCUGGCUUCAUUGAGAAAACAGAAGAGCUCAAGUCCAAAGGGGUCGAUGAAAUUUUGCUCAUUAGUGUGAAUGAUCCCUUUGUGAUGAAGGCAUGGGCGAAGACCUACCCUGACAACAAGCAUGUCAAGUUCCUAGCUGAUGGUUCAGCUACCUACACUCAUGCACUCGGUCUUGAGCUUGACCUUUCGGAGAAAGGGCUUGGUACCCGCUCUAGGAGGUUUGCUCUUCUGGUGGACGACCUCAAGGUGAAAGUUGCAAACAUUGAAUCAGGGGGAGAAUUCACCGUCUCCAGUGCUGAGGACAUCCUCAAGGCUCUCUGACUCCUACAUAUUCACAGUUGCCUUUGAGCUUUUGCUUUCUACUGUUAUGUGGGCCCUUGGCUUAUGCUUUUCUCGCACAAUAUCUUUGUGGCAGCACGAACUUGUGAUAAAGAAAUAAAUGACUUGUUUUGAAUUG